UGUGCUCGCCCAAGACCCCAAGAAAGAGGAAGAAAAAGCUCUCCAACCCUCCUCCAUUGCUGCAACUCGAGCUCAACCAAGAAGGGUCCAAGGAGUGGGAUUAAAGAAGGAAAAAGGCUAGGAAAAGUGUGUAAAAUUAAGGAACUUGUAAAGGGUGUUUCAAGUGAUUUCACAAAGUUGGAAAAGUCGCCGGAAUUGUCGCCGGAGUUGACCAAAAGUCGCCGGAGUUUCACCGGAGUUCAACCAAGAAGGGUAGAACUUCAUACGCUAGUUCAAGACCAGAGAUGGAUCGAUUUACUCCAUCGUUGCCUUACUCCAUCACUGUACUCCAUCGCGACGGUCGACGAUAUCAUCGAGGACGUAGAUCCAGCAGAAACGGUCGAUGAUUUCGAGCCUGGAAGAGUCCCAGACGGUGUGUGGCCGUCGUUCUUGGUCCGGCCGAGUGACAUCGCACGUCUCCUCGCUGGUUCUUCUUCAUCAGCGAUUAUCAUCUAUUCCAGGUAUGUAAUUUUUCCUUCAUCUUUCCUCCCUAGCUUAGGUCAUCCUUCAACAAUAUCAUCUAAUUUGGUUUAGUUUUAAUCGGAAAUUGAUAAACUUCACCAAUAAUGUGGUUGUUCUUGUUCAUAGCAACCUGCCCCCCGACCUAGCUAAUUGACAGACUAAGUCGAUGAUUUUUCUCCUUUUGGGAAUACCAGCCGAUGAACGGAGAUGGUAGCCAGCAGGUACUCGAUCUUUAACUUGACACCUCUUAUCUUUACUUCCUUUAAUUUUAAUUUGUAGUUUUUUAACCUAAAAAUGAGGCCAUUUUGAAACCAAAACUGAUUUUUCAGAAUAUAUACCAUAACCUUAAAUCUAUUUACAGAAUGAGGAGUAGAUGUUGUUGGUUACUAACUAGCAGCAGGAAAAAGAAGGUUAGGUGCUUUGUAAGUCUUGUGAGGAGGAAGGUGCAGCUGAUUUUUGCCAGUGAGAAGGAUGACCUCUGUACUGGUGCAGCCUCACAUGGGCAGGUUGAUUAAUUUCAUGUAUUGGCAGAAUUCUCAAAGCUGCUUUUAAUUAACUUGAAGUAGAAAUUAGCAUGUAUGAAUUUCGAUUUUUACUAGUGAUUGUAUUAUUUGUGAAUUGUUGAUGACUAGAGCAGUAUACUCUAGUCACAAUGACUAAAGUAUUUUGUAUUUUUAAUUAACCUGGGGUAUAUUCUCAGCUUUGUAAAGUUUAACGAUGCAUCUGAAGAUGGACGAACCAUGUUGCUGCAACAAACAAUUCAACAAUCAAUGAACUCGCUGCCGCAUCAAACCAUUGGUUUGUUCUUUAUCGGUUUUUCAUGCUUCUAGAAAACUUAAAGCCAUAAAGGGUUGUGUGUACGUGAUUAUAAAGAGUUUCCAUGAAUUAGUCAAAGCUUCAAUGGUGUCUUGGAGAUUUUGUAAGUUGUUUAUAAAACUAAAUUGUCACCUUCUACUUGAUGUUUGAUGUUUGAUGUUUCUGCUUCAAUUUGUGUUUCCUAGAUACAUAAAGUUUGAUUAGAAGUUAAACCAAGGAAUAUAUACAAUAACAAUUGGCAAAACUAUGCAAACAUUAUAGCAUUAACUUGAUGUUACGUAGACAUAAUCAUGAUUCUUAAUUUAUCUUUGAGAAAAAAUAAGAGAUGGAGUGUGACUUAUAUUUCAUUUACAAUAAUAGUUGACUUUGCUACUUGAAAAGGCAUAGGUUGAAAAAAACUAAGAGUUGGGCUGUGAUUUUUAUUCCAUUUUUUAUCAGUUUCUCUACCUUCCUAUCUUAUAUACAUUGUUUUAGCACACUUUCUUUUAUUUUAACUUGUGUUUUGUUGUUUUGACUUAUGCUUGAAGGGGGCUGCACACUUCAACUUGAAUUUAGGUGAUCUCUUCUUGGAAACCUCUAUUUACCAGAUUAUCUUCUUUAUUUUUUUGAGAACCUCCUUCAAUUUGACUGAUAAAGAGCACAUUUUUCUCAUUUUAAUGAAAACCAUAUCUGGCACGCUGGCACGCUGGCAUGCUGGCACUGAUGCCUAAGUUUGCUUCAGUUACCGAAUCUUUGUGGUGCAUGACAUUUGUAUUCGUUGACCAUUGGUUCAAAUAUACUCAACCAUGUGAAAACAUAUACUAUUAAUAUAUUCUUGUGAUUGUAAUGCCAUGCAGCCCUGACAAGACCCUAUCAAUGUUUUAAAACUAGGCUGGACCAGCUGGUUGGAUUGGUUACUAGAGGUACCUGGUCAAGUAAGAUGUUAGAUUGUUGUGUUAUUAAACCACUUGAAAGUGGAACCACAUGACUGGGUAAAUAACUGAACCAGUGAAUUAUGCUUCUGUUGACGCGGUUCAAUACUUUUUCCUUAUCAAGGAAAGCAGUUACAACCUCUAUUUACCAUUAUGUAUGUUUACAUAAUCUGAUUUGUAAUUCAUAAUUUCUAGUGUACGUACACUUUGCAGGUGAUGGUAAGAGGUUAGGUGAAGCCUGAAGUAAUGUGGGGGGAAGUGGCCGGAACGUCUUCAUACCCAAACCACUUAGACUAAUCGCCGGAUCACUCCAGAAAAGUCUCUCAUAUUCGCAGGGAGGAUAAGUAUGAAUUGGCGGCCUGUGAACUUUCUAUCUCAAUGUUAGCAAUUAAUUGUUUGCAAGGCGCAAACCGAUAGAAAACGAAGGAUCUUGUUCUUCAUUCGGAAUUGAAUUCUUCCUUUCCAGCAUUCCAAGCUUUCAUGUCAAAGACAAACAUGGCUUCUUCACAUUCAACUGAAAACUGCCUUGGAUGGGCUGCCAGAGACCCAUCCGGAGUUCUUUCUCCUUACAAUUUAAGCCGCAGGGUUACCGGGAGUGAUGAUGUUUCGCUAGAUAUUUCCUAUUGUGGCAUUUGCUAUGCUGAUGUGGCGUGGACAAGGAGUCUUCAUGGGCCUUCCAAGUAUCCUUUAGUGCCUGGACAUGAGAUUGUAGGAAUUGUGAAAGAGGUUGGCUCCAACAUCCAGUGCUUUAAAGUGGGUGAUGCUGUGGGAGUUGGAACUUACGUCAACUCAUGCAGGGAGUGUGAGUACUGUUAGGAAGGGUUAGAAAAUGAGUGUUCAAAGGGAUGAUACUCAAGUUACUAAGGGAGGAUACUCAAGUUACAUUGUUGUUCAUGAAAGGUACUGCUACAAAAUUCCCGAAAGCUACCCUCUUGUAAUGGAAGUUCAAUAAAAGGCCAUCAUAUAGUCUUGAUUGAUGAAAAAAAACACUUUGCAGGUGAUGACUUAAUUUUGUGCAGCAUAAAAUGUGAUGUCUAAGUAUAUUAGAAGAAAUGUGAAGGCC